AUGAACGACUUUGACGAGUGCGGCCCGAGCGCAGCCAGCAUGUACCUGCCCGGCUGCGCCUACUACGUGGCCCCGUCGGACUUCGCCAGCAAGCCGUCGUUCCUGUCGCAGCCGUCGUCCUGCCAGAUGACUUUCCCCUACUCGUCCAACCUGGCGCCGCACGUCCAGCCCGUGCGCGAGGUGGCCUUCCGCGACUAUGGCCUGGAGCGCGCCAAGUGGCCGUACCGCGGCGGCGGCGGCGGCGGCGCGGGGGGCGGCGGCGGCGGGGGCGGCCCCGGCGGGGGCGGCGGCGGCGGCGCGGGGGGCUACGCUCCCUACUACGCGGCAGCGGCGGCGGCGGCGGCGGCGGCCGCGGCGGCCGAGGAGGCGGCCAUGCAGCGCGAGCUGCUCCCGCCCGCGGGCCGCCGGCCGGACGUGCUCUUCAAGGCGCCGGAGCCGGUGUGCGCGGCGCCCGGGCCUCCGCAUGGCCCCGCGGGCGCCGCCGCCAACUUCUACAGCGCCGUGGGCCGCAACGGCAUCCUGCCGCAGGGCUUCGACCAGUUCUACGAGGCGGCGCCCGGGCCCCCGUUCGCCGCGCCGCAGCCCCCGCCGCCGCCCGCGCCGCCGCAGCCCGAGGGCGCCGCCGACAAGGGCGACCCCAAGACGGCCGCCGGGGGCAGUCCCUGCGCCAAGGCCACCCCGGCCUCGGAGCCCAAGGGGACAGCCGAAGGCGGCGACGGCGAGGGGCCCCCGGGGGACACGGGGGCGGAGAAGAGUGGCGGCACAGUGACCCCCCAGCGGUCCCGGAAAAAGCGCUGUCCCUACACUAAGUACCAGAUCCGCGAACUGGAACGGGAGUUUUUCUUCAAUGUGUACAUAAACAAAGAGAAAAGACUCCAACUCUCACGGAUGCUCAACCUUACUGACCGGCAAGUCAAAAUCUGGUUCCAGAAUCGCAGAAUGAAAGAAAAGAAACUGAACAGAGACCGCCUGCAGUAUUUCACUGGAAACCCCUUAUUUUGA